AUGGGGGAAUCCAUUCAAGAUAAUGUCUGCGAAUUAUCUCCAAAAGCUUCUUCAACUUCGGCUUUCACAGGCGACUUCAUACCCCCCAGCAUAGAUCAUACUAAGAUGCUAUCUGGUGACUCCUUUUCCUACUUUUCACCACGCCCACUCUUCCUCGCUUCAUCCAACUCGACUACCGGGAAUGAACCAUCACAAGACGACUAUCUCGUCCUCGGUGUGGACGAGGCGGGGCGCGGUCCUGUCCUAGGCCCGAUGGUUUACAGUGCCUUCUAUUUGCCGCAGCAGCUUCACCAUUCCCUUCUUUCUCGAAAAUACAGCUUCGAUGAUAGCAAGGUGCUUACGCCCGGGGUGCGCAUGAACCUAAUGAGAGUGUUGUGCACCCCUGGCAAUCCGCUUUUUGAGUGUUGCGGAUGGGCUACGAAGCUGCUAUCAGCACGCGACAUCUCAUCAGGCAUGAUGCGACCAGGCGCUGGGUCUUACAAUCUCAAUGCUCAGGCAAUGGAUGCUACGGUUGAGAUCAUCCGAGGCAUCAUUGAGGAGAGAGGCAUGAAUGUGAGGGAGGUCUACAUUGAUACUAUCGGAAAUCCCGUGACAUAUCAACAAAAAUUGGAGAAACUUUUCCCUUCCCUGAAGAUAACAGUGGCUAAGAAGGCUGAUUCCUUGUAUCCCUGUGUCAGCGCCGCAAGUGUUGUAGCCAAAGUGACAAGGGACAUUGCGUUGGAGCUAAGCCACAAAGAGGUCUCAAGAAGAUGUGCUACUGAAGAGCCUUCUUUAAAGGCCACCAUUCAAAGUUGGGGUAGCGGAUAUCCCUCAGACUCGAAAUGUGUCGGCUGGCUUCGAAACAAUAUGGAUCCUAUCUUCGGGUGGGGACCCGAAUGUCGUUUCAGCUGGGGAACUGCAAAGGAGAUGUUGGAGUUGAAGGGAGGGUCGAAAGUCGACUGGCCGGCGGAGGAAGAUUAUUCACUGCUAAAGGACUUCCUCUUGACAUCUGCCGGUGCCAACACCAAAUUAUACCAUGAACUGCGAGAAUGGUACGGGUCGAGGUCAACAGACAUUCUAUGA